UACUACUAGUAGGCAGGUAUUUUUAACUUUUACAUGCAAAUACCGUUACAUUACAUUGAUAUUCAUUAAAUUACAUCAAGAGAGAGAGAGAGAGAGAGAGAGAGAGAGAGAGAGAGAGAGAGAGUUAACAAAAAUAGCUGGUUCCACCUAUUCCAUCGUGUGUUAGUCUAUGCUGUCGAUAAAUAUUUACCGUUGCUAAAUAAAUGUCGAUACUGUCACGUUGGAAGGGGAGCAUUAUGGGCUUUUUUUCAGUCACUGAUCAGAAAUUGCUGUUAAUGUUUUGUAUUAAUCUAUUUCAUGAUCCCAUUCAAGAUGAGGGCUAUAUAGGAUUUAACGUAGUUCCACCAUUCUAUGACGUCAUAAGAUUUUUCAAAGUCAAUGAUUUAAUAAGAUUGUGCAUGACAGUAACAUGCAGUCUUUCUCGAUAUUUAUUGUGAAAAAUCUUGUCAGCCAUAAACUAUUUUAAAAGUCUAAGUUUUAUAUGAAUAAUCAAAUAUAAGUUUCAAAAUAUUGAAUCCAAGGGCAAUAAUUCUGUUUUCAUUAAAUUAUUUAUCAAGUUCAUUAUGCAAUAGAUUUCCUUUAGUUUUCACAAACAUUUUGCAUAAAGAACGACCUAACAAUCGACAUGAAAAACGUCAGACAAUCUCAGUGCAGAAAAAAAAAUGUUUUCUAAUAAUAACUUGACUUUCAUCAUCAUUCAACCGUGUUCAUUAUGUUCAGAGUAAACACACUUUUGUUAGAUUUAAAUGUCUGAAAAUAAGCCCACAUCACCGAGUGUUUUCUGAAAAUUAUUGAUCAAUAUCAAAAGCUUAUCAUCUCAUUGGGACGGAAAUAUUCAGGAAGGAUAAUAUGUCAUAAGUAUUCCUACUCCAAAGAGUACCAGCACAAAAUAGCAAUGACGAGAAAAUAUUCUUUUGAAUAUCGGAGACGACAUCCAAAAAUGUUUCCUGAAGUCUGUGAUGUAUGUAAGCCAAAACGUCGCUUUCGGGCACCAGCAAAUAAAGUUCAGCAUGAAGAAUCAAUUCAACAACAGAGAAUCUACGAUCAUCCAAUGCACCGUACAAAAAGUAGUGUGUCCUACCCACCAUCCAGUUCUUCCCUCAGCACGAUAACAGCAAGCGAUCUAAACAAAUUUGUGAAGAAAGAAAUCGAACCUGAUACAGAAUACAACAAAAGCUGUAAAGAAGUAGUUGAUUGUCUUUGCCAAUUCAUGAAAAACGAAUUUCCCGAUGAAUUGAGAGUUUCAGAAAUUGUCAAGAGUGAAUCACUUGGAAAGGGCAAGACGGUAAAGGGAAAGUCAGAUGCAGACCUUGUUGUCUUUCUGGCGCGUUUUGAUUCCAUAAUUGAGCUGUAUAAAUCUAUAAAAGAAAUUUUGGACAGGAUGAAAUCUUCCCUCGACAAUCAAAAAGAUUUUACUGUGGAGAGAACUACUGCCCAUGCUGUCAAAGUAUCGCUGUCAGGUCAAGUCGGUCAUAGUCAUGACGUUGACAUAUUGCCAAGUGUUAAAGUUAAUUUGCAAGGGAGAUGUAUGCAUAGAAUAGAACCAACAAUGUGUGCAUUGUAAUUAAAGAGUCCCUCUUGAUACUUUCUCUUAUGACUAUUUAUAAUGAUAAUUAGUUUUAGAAAAUAUCAAAGAUUAAU